UCCAGCGUACCAGCCAAACGGGGUCUCGACUCUCGACGCCUUCUCAGCUGAGCUCGCUUCCUGCCGCUUUGACUUCCGAGUUCCGAGCGAGCCCUUGCUGCAGGUGAGCCGCGCCGCCAUUUCGUCCUGCUGAGCAUUUCGUCAAACAGCUGGUAGGCGGCCACCCCGGCAGAGCCCAGCUCAUUUCCAUCACUCAAGUGCUUCCGCCUGUUCUCCUGGUUUCUAAAUGCGAUCUCUGCCCCUAAAUUCCUUCUGCUGAUGAACAAUGGUCGUCUAGAUCGAGAACCCAGCAUUCGUGUUAGCUUCUACUAGAGGUCAAGAAACCACUUGUGCUUUCUUGCUUGGUUGGGAUGGGGAUGGCCUCUGCUCAAGUUUCUGCCAUCCUUCUCUAUGUCUGCAUUAUUUCCGGUGGAGCCAUAGCCGAUAGCCAGGAUAGCACCAAUGGCGGCAUCUCGAGGCCAACUGAGGUGCGCAUCGGUGCGCUCUUCACAUUUGAUUCGGUUAUCGGGAGGGCAGUGAAGCCGGCUAUCGAGCUCGCUGUUGCGGAUGUCAAUGCUAACCCAGGCGUACUCUCCGGAACAAAACUGACUGUUCUUAUGCAGGACACUAAUUGCAGUGGCUUUGUUGGAACCAUUGAAGCAUUGCAGCUUCUCGCCAAGGAUGUCAUUGCUGUACUAGGUCCACAAUCGUCAGCAAUAGCUCAUGUCGUUUCCCAUGCUGUUAAUGAACUCCAUGUGCCACUUAUUUCUUUUGCAGCCUCUGAUCCUACCCUUUCUUCCCUUGAAUACCCUUACUUUGUGAGGACCACACUAAGUGAUUACUACCAAAUGGCUGCUGUGGCUACUAUCAUCAGUCAUUACCGAUGGAGAGAAGUCAUCGCAAUCUAUGUUGACGAUGACUAUGGUAGAGGUGGCAUCACAGCAUUAGGUGAUGCCCUUGCAAAAAGGAUGUCCAAGAUAACGUACAAAGCAAAGUUGCCACCUGGUGCUGGAAGGACUGCAAUCCAGGAUAUCUUGAUGCAAGUGAAUGAAAUGGAGUCGCGUGUCUAUAUUGUCCAUGUAAACCCUGACUCCGGCCUGAAUGUUUUCUCCGCUGCCAAAUCUUUGGGGAUGAUGAGUAGCGGCUAUGUGUGGAUUGCAACAGACUGGCUUUCUGCAGCUAUAGAUUCAUCUGUGCAUGCCAAUUCUGAUGCGACGGAACAUACUCAGGGGGUUAUUAUGCUUCGGCAACAUGUUGCUGACUCUGGCAUUCAGCAUUCCUUGCUUAGCAAACUGAACGGUCUGACUAGAAAAGCAAACAGUACGAGCUUGAGUUCUUACAGUGCGCAUGCUUAUGACUCUGUAUGGUUAGCUGCUCAUGCUGUUGAGCGGUUCCUGACUGCAGGGAAUGAGGUAUCUUUUUCUGUGAACCAAAAUUUGCAGGCUGUAAAGGGAAGUAACCUACAGUUAGAUUCUCUGAGAAUUUUUAACAACGGAGAUAAAUUACUGGAGAAAGUGUGGCAGGCAAAUUUCACAGGGGUUUCUGGCCAAGUACAAUUUACUUUGGACAGGAAUUUGAUCCAUCCGGCUUAUGAUAUCCUGAAUGUAGCUGGUACAGGUUUAAGAACCAUUGGCUAUUGGUCAAACUUUUCUGGUCUGUCGGUCGCUGCUCCAGAAAACUUGCAUUCAGCACCACGGGACUCCUCAACCAACAAUACACAGCUUCAUGGUGUCAUCUGGCCUGGUCAGACUGCUGAGAAACCCCGUGGUUGGGUGUUUCCGUAUCAUGGGAAGCCUCUAAGGAUUGGAGUACCUCUUCGUACAAGCUACAAUGAGUUUGUGAUGCAAGACAAUGGACCUGAUGGAGUAAAGGGAUUUUCAGUUGAUGUUUUCAAAUCUGCAAUAAGCUUGUUGCCUUACCCUGUGGCAUACAGUUUUGUUUUGUUUGGAAAUGGUUUGAAGAAUCCGAGCUACAGUGACCUUGUUCAAAAGGUUUCUGAAAAUUACUUUGAUGCUGCAAUAGGGGACAUUGCUAUUGUGACAAAUAGAACAAGACUUGUUGAUUUUACCCAGCCGUAUACAGAAUCAGGUCUCAUUAUUGUAGCUCCAGCAAGGGAGGUUGAAUCAAAUGCUUGGGCUUUUCUGAAACCAUUCACCUUUCAAAUGUGGUGUGUUCUAGUUAUGCUCUUCCUCUUUGUGGGUGCAGUUGUUUGGAUACUUGAACACCGCACUAAUACCGAGUUCCGUGGAACCCCAAGGCAACAAAUUAUGACAGUAUGCUGGUUUAGUUUUUCCACCAUGUUUUUCGCACACAGAGAAAACACAUCCAGUGCACUUGGUAGAUUUGUGCUCCUUGUGUGGCUCUUUGUUGUGCUCAUUGUUAACUCAAGCUACACGGCAAGCUUGACAUCGCUUCUCACAGUUCAGGAGCUAACAGCAGGGAUAAAAGGUCUUGAUAGCUUGAUCUCUAGUUCAAGUCCAAUUGGUUACCAAGUUGGAUCUUUUGCCAGAAACUAUCUUGUGGAGGAGCUCAAUAUUGCCGAUUCUCGUUUGGUGCCACUGAACAGCCCAAGUGAUUAUGCUAGAGCGCUAGAGCUAGGGUCAGGAAAUGGUGGUGUUUCUGCAAUAAUCGAUGAGUUACCAUACGUUGAGAUCUUUUUGUCAAAGUACUGCAAAUUCAAGACGGUUGGUCAGGUUUUCACAAAAGGCGGAUGGGGAUUUGCCUUCCCAAGAGAUUCCCCUCUCGCUGAAGACUUGUCAACAGCAAUCCUUACACUGUCAGAGAAUGGCAACCUCCAAAGGAUCCACGAUGAAUGGUUAAGUGUGAGAGGAUGUGACACAGAUGAUAGUAACAUUAGCUCUAACUCCUUAAGCCUCUCAAGCUUCUGGGGUCUCUUCGUCGUCUGUGGCCUUGCAUGUGCCAUUGCUCUCUUAAUUUUCUUUUGGCGAAUAUUUUGUCAGUACAGCAGGUAUAAUAACCAGAUUGAGCUGGAGCCGGAGAUUGUAAACCGACCAGCAAGGUUAACUAGCAUCAAGUCAUUGAUUUCUUUUGUCGAUAAGAGGGAGGAAGAAGUGAAGAAUGCUCUCAAGAAAAAGCCUAAUGGCUCUCAGCAGACAAAGAUUGGUAGCACAGAAGAACAAUCUACAUUACCACUAUAAGUCUUAGGUCGCUGCAUGACUAACAUAGUCAGCACAAUGCGCUGUCCUACAAUUGAAGUGGCAGUUUUCAGUUCGUGAUGAACUGAUGACACGGUUUUCUUGUGCGCGGUUUGUUCAGAAUGAAACCUGGCAGCAGCCGAGGCAGCUUCAGAGUAUUUCUCUGAAACAUGUUACCUAGUUAAUAAGUCAUAUCGUGCCCAGCAAGAACACUCCUGAAUCUCCUUCGGGGCACCAUUUCUGGGAGAAGUACCAUUCAGUUGCAGCUAUAACUUCUAUCAAGUUGUGCUUUUGUCGUUUUGAAGUUACCUCUUCAAACUUCUUGUUAUAGCUAUGAUCUGAAGCAUCCUCCAAAUAAGUUGAGAAGUUCGAAUC